AUGAUUUUUUCUCAAAAGUCGCUCCUCCUUGUGGGAGUAGCUGCGUGCUCAGCGCUUGUGGCUGCCGGUGAUGAUUCCGCUCGGCCCCGCGGAGUCGGACCUGAAUUUGCCAAGUUCUACAAAGACACAACGACAUUCUCAUGCAUCACUCAUCCAGCGAUUCAGAUCCCCUUCUCCGCUGUGAACGAUGACUUCUGCGACUGUCCGGAUGGCAGUGAUGAACCCGGGACUGCGGCUUGCGCUCACCUGUCCGGUAACUCUCCGCUAAACGUCGCUCAUCGCCCUGGACAUAGCAACGAUAACCUCAAAGCGGCGCUUCCCGGGUUCUACUGUAGGAACAAGGGCCAUAAGCCGUCGUAUCUGCCCUUCCAACGGGUCAAUGACGGUAUCUGCGACUACGAGCUUUGCUGCGAUGGAAGUGAUGAAUGGGCUCGUGUUGCGGGCAAAAAGUGCGAUGACAAGUGUAAAGAGAUUGGCAAAGAAUGGCGCAAAAAGGAGGAGAAGAGGCAAAAGUCUAUGACGGCGGCAUUGAAGAAGAAGCGUGACCUUCUUGUGGAAGCGGGGAGACAGCAAAAGGAGGUGGAGGAUCGUAUCCAGAGCCUCACCACGGAGAUUGAGGGCAAGGAGGUGCAGCUGAAAGGCCUAGAGGCUGAUCUGGAGGAUAUUCAGAAGAAAGAACAGAAUAAGGUUGUGAAGGGCAAGAAAGCUGGCAAGGUGAACGUGCUGGCUGAGCUGGCCAAAGGCCGAGUGGAAGAGAUUCGAAACGCCUUGGUGGAGGUACGCAAGGAGCGUGAUGAGAUUCGAUCUCGGGUGCAAGAACUUGAAGACGUUCUAUCCAAAUUCAAGGUUGAGUACAAUCCGAACUUCAACGACGAGGGUGUCAAGCGCGCCGUCCGCAGCUGGGAAGACUAUGCUGCUCGGGGCACGGUAGAUACGAUACUAAACAGCGCCCGCGAUCGUGACUGGGAGGCCAUUGCCCAACCUGAUGAUGAACAAUCAGGGAUCAAUUGGGAGCAGUGGGAAACCGAGGGCGAUGAGGAACCCGAUCCUGUUUACAAGCUUGCAGCGUACCUACCCCCGUCGCUUGUUAGCUUCAUCGAAGCUAGGGUUAGCGAUGUCAUAAGCUUCCUAGAGACCAGCGGCUUCCUGCCUCACAGGGACAAGCCCUCAACAUCCGAAUCCAAAGCUGUAACACAGGCGCGGGAAGCCGUGAAAGCUGCGGAAAAAGCUAUCGGAGAUCUCAAGUCUCAACUCAAGAGCCAGCAGACGGAUUUGGAGACCGACUAUGGCACAGCUUCUAUCUUCCGUGCCCUGAAAGGUGUCUGCAUCUCAAAGGACGCUGGAGAGUACACCUACGAACACUGCUUCCUUGACCAGACAAAGCAGAUCCCAAAGAAAGGUGGAUCCUCCGCACGAAUGGGCAAGUUCGAGCGCAUCGGCUCGGUCACUGUCGACGAGCUGAGCGAAACUGGAGAAAUCGUCCCGGUCCAGAAGACGUCCCUGGAGUACACCAAAGGUCAAGGCUGCUGGAAUGGACCGGCACGCUCGACAACCGUCGUACUUGAAUGCGGCGAGGAGAAUGAGAUCUUGAAAAUUGCCGAGGAUGAAAAGUGCGUGUACUCCAUGAAGGUCACCACGCCAGCCGUUUGUGCUGGCGGGGAGGAACCGGGAAACGUGGCUCCGAGGGCCAAGGAUGAGCUGUGA